GGCAUAAAGCCCGGUGGCCAGCGCAGCCGCCGCAGCCCCAGGGCGAGGGCCGGGCGCUCGCUGCCCGCUGCCGCCGCCUGCACGGGCACCCCGCCGGGGCCGCCUGCCUCCCGCAGGCAUGGAGCCCGCCGUGCAAUGGGCCACGGAGCUCAUCGACCAGAAGCUGGCGGAGGAGGAGGAGAAGCUCAGAGGUGAGGGCCCCCGGGAGCCGCCGGCCGUGGAGCGCAUGGACACGCCGGAGCUGGAGGAGGAGAAACGCCGCGGCCCCAGGAACCGGGGCGUCGAGGCCGUCAAGGGCCAGGAGCGGGUGCGGAGGAGCUCAGUGGACCUGAGGCGGGAGAUCAUCGACGUGGGGAGCAUCCAGCGGCUCAUCGAGCUGCGCAAGCAGCGCCGCAAGCGCCGGGAGGAGAGGGCGGCCACCCCCGAGCCCCCACCGCCGCCUGAGCCCCUGGAGAUCGAGGGCCCAGUGGAGCCGGAGAUGUUCCUGCGAGCUGCCGUCCAGGGCAAAAUCCGCAUCAUCGAGAAGUUUUUGGCAGACGGAGGCUCCCCGGACACAUGUGACGAGUUCCACCGCACGGCCCUGCACCGCUCCUCGCUGGAGGGACACAUGGACAUCCUGCAGAAGCUGCUGGACAGCGGGGCCACUGUCGACUUCAGGGACCGGCUGGACUGCACUGCCGUGCACUGGGCCUGCCGCGGGGGCCACCUGGAUGCCGUGAAGCUGCUGCAGGACCACGGCGCAGACCUCAACCUCAAGGACAAGCUGCUGAGCACCCCACUCCACGUGGCCACCCGGACCGGCCACCCUGACAUCGUGGAGCACCUCAUCCACUGCGGGGUGCACAUCAACUCCCCGGACAGGGAAGGCGACACGGCUCUGCACGAUGCUGCGCGGCUCAGCCGCUACAAGAUCAUCAAGAUGCUGCUCCUGCACGGCGCCGACAUGAUGGCCAAGAACCUGGACGGCAAGACCCCCACGGACCUGGUGCAGCAGUGGCAGGUGGACACGCGCCAGGCACUGGAGACCAAGGAGCGGCCGCAGGAGGGGACGGAGGUCCCCGCGUGACGGCGCUGGGGCCGGGCUCGGCUCCAAGACUUAUCUGUGCCAAUAAAAGCUGGCGAAGCGCACUUUGGCUCUGGAGCAGGCUCAGCCGCAGGGCUCGGCCAGGGGGAGCUGAGCUCCUUCUGCGGGCAGCAAAGCCCCC